GAUGUAUUGGGGACUUAAAGCUUUGCUGCAUUGACCGUGUGAGGUGUUUAGACAUACAGGAAAAAAAAUGACGGUGGGAUCUUCUGGGGCACCGCCACAGAACUUUGGGGGGACGGGCCGCCGCCCCUCCAAGCCGUAUAAGGCUAUCAAGGCCGUUGAUGACCUGGCCAGGAAAUUGUCCAUGCCAGACUUUUCAUUGCAUGACGUUGAAGAUCAUUUGGAGAGAGAACUGGAGAGGGAUGCUGUACAACCGGACACUACGACUGCCGUACUAAGGGACUCUGUGGCCAAGAUUCUGCACAGUAAGAAAGUGCUGCUGAUGGUAGUGGUACUGAACGUAAUAGACUGUGGGCUGGUGCUGGGAGAACUGAUGCUGGACAUCCACUUUGUCAAAGAAAUGGUGGAAAAGACAAAGAUUUUGACAGUCCGCUUUGCGACCAUCCUGACCGAAAACUUCGCCCUCUACUUCGGAGACCUGGGUCAUCAGGAUAUCGAUAUUUUCUAUAAUCGGAUCUUAUCGGUGAUGUAUCGGAGCGUAUACACUAACGAUACGCACGAUAUCGCCAACGGCACGGCGGUAUCGAACUACACGAUACAUGGACCGGAUCCGUUUGUCCGGGAAAACGUACCUCGCUUCCUUCAGGGAGAAAGCACUGAGCAUUCAACGGAAGAAAAGGUGGCGUACGCAUUCCACAAAGCUAGCAUCGCAAUUCUGGGUGUACUUACACUUAUGGUCCUGCUGAAAAUAUUCUGUUACGGCCCUCGAUUGUUUAGCAAGAAGCUGGAGUUGUUGGACGGGGUGGUAGUGAUCGCCUCCUUUGUGGUGGAUCUCGUCUACAUCCAGGGGAUGAUGGCGUACCCCCUAGAGGAGGCCGUGCAGAUCCUGGCCUUCCUCGUCCCCUGGAGGGUGCUCAGGGUGGCCAACAGCUUUGUGAUAGCAGUCAUGGACCGUGCACACUUGAAGCUGAAGAUGGAAUACAAACAGAAGAAGAAAGUUCAAAAGAAAUUAGAAUUUGCUGUGGAAAAAAAUUUGUACUACAAGAAUAUUAUCCAUGAGUUGCGUGACAUGUGCUUGGCUGAAAACAUACCACAGUCCACAAUAUCAGAAUGUGUACUAUCAAUAGAUCCACCAAAACAGAGGAAAUCAACUACGAACUUUCAAAAACUGAAAAAAUCUCUACAGUUCCAAUGCAUCAAGAGAAAUGGGAGUGGUAAAUACUCCACCCCCUCCAUUUACCGGGCAGUGGAGGAUGAAGCUGGCCUGUACCCCACCAAAGACAGCGUCAGCCCAGCCCUAGAUGUCAAAUCCCUAAAGUCUGCGCUAUCAAACUGUAGCAGGCUCUCAAAGUCCCCCGAACAGCACCGUCAUCAUCAUGUAAAUCUCUCCCCUCCCUCCCAUCAUUCAAUUUACUUUCAGCUUGGAUCCGACCAGUCAGAUGAAAAUUCAGACGACAACAAUGACGAUGGUGAUUUAGGAUCUGAGCUACUGGGGUUUUGUCAAGACGAAGAAGGGCAUGAUAAUGAAAAUAAUCACAUUAAUACAAAUCUUCCGUAACUUGUACCAUUAAGUUCCAAAGCAAUAUUACAUUAAUGUUGUUUAUCAUCUAUGAAUAUCUGUCAUCAAUAAAACAAAAGUACUUUU